GGAUUUUAAUCCAAGGAAGGCAUUUUUUUUAAAUAUAUACUCGAGUCAUGGCUUCGGCGUCCGGCAACGACGACGAUCUGACAAUCCCCCGAGCGGCCAUCAAUAAGAUGAUCAAAGAGACGCUGCCUAAUGUGCGGGUGGCCAACGAAGCCCGGGAGUUGGUGGUGAGCUGCUGCACGGAGUUCAUUCACCUCAUCUCCUCCGAGGCCAACGAGAUCUGCAACAAGUCGGAGAAGAAGACCAUCUCCCCGGAGCACGUUAUCCAAGCCCUAGAGAGUCUUGGGUUUUGCUCUUACAUUAGUGAAGUAAAGGAAGUCUUGCAAGAGUGCAAAACAGUAGCACUGAAGAGGAGAAAAGCAAGCUCACGUCUAGAAAACCUUGGCAUACCAGAAGAAGAACUACUGCGCCAACAACAGGAACUAUUUGCAAAAGCCAGACAACAGCAGGCAGAAUUAGCCCAGCAGGAAUGGUUACAGAUGCAGCAAGCAGCCCAGCAAGCACAGUUAGCAGCAUCAGCCACAAGCAAUCCAGUCAACAAAGCAGGAUCAUCGCAAGACGAAGAUGAAGAGGAUGACGUGUAAACUUCACCAGCGUAUUAGUUGUACACAGAUAUCCUUCUACCACACAUUAACAAUGACUUGGCCUGACUGCAAUUUCCAGCUUCAUUCACAACUUUGCAGGCUGGCUACUGGUGUCAAGAGGGUCAUUGGUCAAGUCUCCGUUGUCAUGAGUUUUCAUGUGUACCAACAAAUCACUUUUAUUACACAUAGAAGUGUACAGGAUUGGAAGUUUUCAGAAUAAUAUUUAAUAUUUACACAACAGGUGAUCGGAAUCGGGGGCAACAAAUCAGUGCAGUACUUUAAAGCUCCAGCACCUGUUUCUUGUAUCUUUCUGAAAUUCAGUAUUGUUACUGCUCAUGAAUCUGAGGAGUAAUGCUUCAGUUUGUGUAAUCGGUUGCUUCCCUACUGUUUAAUACUGAAAGCAAAUUCAUUAAGUGGCUUAUUUAAGUUUGCAAUUGAAAUGUUUUUUAAUGUAAGACUUGUAACCAGUGGUAAAACUGACUUUAACAAAUCACAUUUAACUGCCGGUAGUUCAUUUUUUUUAAAAAGAUGUCUGGCUGGGUUCACAGAAUUUUAAAGAGUAACCUUAUUAACUUUGAUAAAACCAUUAGCAGAUCUAUAGGCUAUUUAGUCUUAAUUUUAUGUGGCACAUGUCCUUGCUUCAUUGUUAGUUUUAACUCCUGGAUGUAAAGUAAACUCUGUUUCCCAAUGUCAGUGUUAAAGACAAAACACAUUUAUGUCAGCAGUCAUAGUACUGUACCAAAGAGUGAAGUCAACAGUGGGAAGAUUGACAAGCAAGAUAGGGUACUUAGAGUCUAAAUUAGCUGCUACUUAAAUGUUUUAACUGUUUUUGGACUGUAGUGUUUCAUGUUCUUUCAGAAAUACACAUAAUUGUUAACUAUUUUGGGAUUGAUGAAAAAUUUCACCUUAAUCUAUCUGUGGGAGAUUUCCAAUGCAGAGUGUAUGUUUUUUUUAAAAAUUGCAUUGCAAAGUUGUGCUAGUUAAUACGUAACUCUUCCCUGGUGCUUAUUGUUCUUACAUUUUUCAUGUGCUGUUUCUCUUAGCAAUAAAAAGAUGUUUUUAUUAAAAA